GCCGUGUUGCACUGCCAGGUCCAGCUACAGGAAUUACGGCAGGCUCGUGAUUUUCUAAUUUUCACUCAUCUCUGUCCACUUGUGACUGGAUUUGGAAUUUCAGCUCCCAAGUCAGACAUAUUGGCAUUGUACUGAAAAGUUCAAACUAGAUUAAGCUAGCCUCAGUAUCCAUGCAGUGCUUGGCAUAAGCAAUUUUCUUACCUGCUCAUCCAGUCUGGGCACUGCAGCAUUUCUGAAUGCUCCUCCUGAAUUGCUCAAAACAUUCACCUGGGCAGAGGUGCUGAUUCCUGCUGCAUUAUGUCAGGAGAGAGCGACUGCACCAGGACAAGUCCGUCAGCAGGGUCUCCAUCAGACAGUGAGCUCCUGCCAGACCGGCCAAAGUAUGUUUGCACCCUGUCUCCUGAUCUUGUUACCAAAGCCCGGGAGGAGCUCCAGGAGAAGCCUGAAUGGAGGCUGCGUGACGUGCAGGCGCUGCGGGAUAUGGUGUGCAAGGACUAUCCCUCCCUGGGGACCUGCCUGGACGAUGCUUUUUUGCUGAGGUUCCUCCGAGCUAGGAAGUUCGAUUACGAUCGAGCGCUUCAGCUCCUGGUGAACUACCACACCUGCAGGAGGACCUGGCCAGAGGUGUUCAGUAACCUGAAGCCAUCUGCCAUAAAGCCUGUCCUGGAGUCAGGCUUUGUCACUGUGCUGCCCCACCGGGACCCGCAGGGACGCCACGUCGUCUGCAUCCGCCCAGACAGAUGGACACCCAGUAAUUAUCCGAUUACUGAGAACAUUCGUGCCAUAUACUUAACCUUAGAAAAACUCAUUCAGUCCGAAGAGACCCAGGUGAAUGGAAUUGUAAUCCUGGCAGACUACAAAGGAGUCAGCUUAUCUAAGGCGUCUCAUUUUGGUCCUUUUGUAGCCAAAAAAGUGAUUGGAAUUCUUCAGGAUGGAUUCCCCAUUCGAAUAAAGGCUGUUAACAUAAUAAAUGAGCCUCGUAUAUUCAAAGGCAUUUUUGCAAUCAUCAAGCCUUUUCUGAAGGAAAAGAUUGCAAACAGGUUUUUUCUUCAUGGCUGUGAUCUGAAUUCCCUUCACCAAAACAUUCCUCCAGUGAUCCUCCCUGAAGAGUACGGGGGUACUGCAGGCAAGCUGGACAUCUCUGCCUGGAACGAGCUGCUGCUGGCCUCUGAAGAGGACUUCCUGCAUGAUUUCUCAGAGCUGGUGCUGCCGUGUGACAGCUCUCCCCACGACCUGCUAGUGAGUGGGGAUGCUGAUGAGAAGCAGUGUGAUGAUUCCCUGCGAGGGAUGAAACCUCAGCUCUAUUACUGUUACUAACAAACCACUGCAGGGAAGUUUUCCAGCACAGUUAAGAUCUGCUCUGCUAGGUGAUGUUGUGAACUCUGCCUUACUCCUAAACCUGCAGUUUAGGGACAGACUGCUGAGGCACUUUACACUGUAGAACCAAAGGAAGCUGGAGAGGGCACAGUGGGGGCAGGGCAGAGUUCAGGGAGGGUAAAAGCAAAGAGCACAAGUUAGGUAGAAGACUUGGCUCAUCAGCCUCUGUGUGAAUGGUGCAAACUGGCCUCUUCUUUCCAAUGAUAAAGGAAAAAAAUAUUGCAGAUAGGUAAGCUUUAAAUUUCUUGUCCCCACCCACACAGGUGAAAAGUGAGGAUGAUUUAUGAGCUUUGUGAUUAUCUGGUCCAUUCCCCUUCUGCAAACACCAGUAAUGAAAGACUGGUGAAAAUAAGAAAAUGGCUUUUGAACCCUGCAAAAUAUAAUUCUGUAGUGAAGAUUGCUUAAAACCAUAGAAGUCUAAUUUGGCCUGUUCUCUGUCAUGUGAUUCAGAUUGUGAGUUGGUGUUUGUGAAAUAUCUCAAUGAAUAUUUAUUUCAAAUUAAUAUAGAACAAAAUUUACUCAUGAAUACCUGUAUGGAGAUAAUCUCUUAUACUUCUUCACAGUUGGAAGAACUGUGACUGAUGGAUUAACUACCAUAACAUCUAUACCAAGGUUUAUACAGCAGAUGCAAUCUUCAUUUUCAGAAAAGAGCAAGUUCUUCAGAUCAUUUACUAAUGCUUUUGAUUGGACAAAAGCCUCAAAUAAUGAGGUUCAGGACCAAAUAAAAGAAAGCUGUGUCAGCCACUUUCCCACACUGACAGUUCUUUUCUGGUUGAGAUAAGGAAUUGGGUAAGUACCUCAUACCCAGGAUGUGUGAGGAGGUUUGUAGCUGUUGGCAUGUAAUGUAUAGAAGGCAAUACUUCAUGUAAGACAGCAAGGUGCUGCUUUAGCUUGUUACUUUGGGCUGAAUUUGAGUUUUAAGUCUGUGAAACCAAAUGCAGACAGGCUUUUUAAAAGCACAUUCUUAAAUUUCCUGAUAUUGUAGCAUUUUGUUCAAUGUGCUUGUCAGCUCUUCUGUGAAAUGUUACAACUUGCUUUUUAACUUUGUUGACUUCUUUUGUCUUUGGUUGUCAUGUUCCUGUUUGAAGUUAGACUUGAAUCAUCUCUGUGAUAUUUACCCAUAAUUUGUAUGCCUGUGUUCUAGGUCUUUGUCUAGAGACAGAACUAGCAUUGAUGUCAAACCAGGGUAAGAUACCUGUGUCUGAAUAAGCUGUUCCCACUCCCCAAAUUCAUUUUAUUUAAUGGUCUUAACUCUCAGCACACUCUUUGCACACAUUUUUCUGCACUCUAAUGGUGUGGAGAUGGGAAACCUCAUGAGGAUGAGGAUAGCACAGUCUGUUACUUCAAGGUGAAAGAAUUCACUAUUUGGUGGAAAAGAACAUCCCUUCUAAUUGGGAAUUUAUCACUAGAGCACUUUCUCUGGAUGAAAUCUUGAUUUAGUGCCAAAUGUGAUUAUAGGCACCAGUUACAUUUCUGUAAAUAUAAAACUGAAUUAUCAUGAGGAUCUCAGACAUUCAUUUUUCAAAGUGCCAAACUCUGUUUUGAAUGUCUCUCUUCCUCUUAGCCCCCUUGCAGCAUGACUGCACUGCCAAAAGGAGACUUCUGUAAUGACAUCCUGACCUGGCAGCAGACCUCGUCCUGGAACCAAGGGGUGGCAAAUGCCAUACCUGUCAUCCUGACAUUGUAAAAAGAGACUGGGUUCUGAAAAGGAGUAAAACCAUGAAGCUUUUUUUCUUUUCUGGGUGGCAGUUCAGAAUCUAUAGGAGCAAAAAACUCAUCACAUCAACAGUUGUAGGUUAAAGGUGGGAAGAGAUUAAUUUUCCUCAGUGAAAGUGUCUCAUUUUUCUUACCUUUAGAAGUCAAUUGUAACUCCUCUUUGCUAUCUGUUACCUUUAGUGCAGGGAAAAAAAACAACUACCCUUUUCAUCUACUUAAAAUAAGCUAAAAGAGUACUGCUAGGCAGCUCCUCCUUUGUGACCAGAAUAUGCUCUCUGUUUUGCAGAAAUUAAUUCAGUUUUUUGCCACCUAGAAGCCAGUAGCACACAGCACCAGGACUUGGACAGAUCAGUGGCUGCCCACACUGCUCAAGUGCUAGAAGAGAGUGGUGCCUCCAGUGUUUUAGUGCCUCUUAAUUCCAGUCACAAUGUACCACUGAAAAACCAGAAUGGACCAUUUUAUCUAGAGAUGAAGGCCUCACUGAUAGUCUUUCCUUAAUUGUGUUGCAGGGUUAGAAGUGGGGCUAUAGUGACUGUAGGAACAGCUACUUUCAUCCCCUUAUGUAACUACUAGAGAGGGAAGUUGGAUAUUCAAAACUCAGUUUAGUGUCCUUCAAAAUAAAUAAAUCUAGUGGUGUUCAGCAGAGGCUGAGGAACCCCUACAAACUCACACUUUUUCAGGCUUUUAUAUUUUGUUGCAUGCCUUAAAUAGCAGGCAGACUAAAUCCACCUCACCCUCUUCUUUCCUCUGCUCACUAAGAUUAAAGAAUAUGAUUUAAAUCUAAUAGAUGAGGUUCUAGGGUUGUGCUGGGUUUGGCUGGGGUAGAAUUUUCUUCAGAGGAGUUGGUGUGGCCCUGUGUGAGUGAGCAGCCAUGGUGCUGGCUGGGGUUAAACCACCACAACUGCCACUGCAGGAAUGUGCCAGUCUCGUGCCUCCAGAACUUCUUUUUCUUAAAGUUGGCUUCGAGGCAGUGGAUGUCAGGAUGCUGAAUUAAGCCAGGCUUUAUCAGGCAUCUGUUAUUUCUAAUUUGCUGUUCCUUGGCUUUAGAACUGAGGCAGGAAUUGCAGCUUCACUGAGCUGUGUCUCUAGCCCUGAAGUCUCUCUGAGCAGUGCUUGGCAUGUCUUACAGAAAGCACAGCUCUGGCUUAUGUGUGCCUGGCUACAGAGCUGAGAAUGUUCUUUGAGCUUUAGCACUUAGCAAAGACAUCAGUUUGUUCCCAGAACUGCUCAUGUUUGGAAAAUAAACAUUUGUGUCAUGUAUAGCAUCUCCUUAUAUCUGCAAGUUUUAGAGAAUAGCUAGGAAAAGCAUACAGCAGGGGGUAGUUUUUUUGCUUGGGGGUUGUUUGUUUGUUUUUUACAGCACAACAACCACUUUUUUCCUUCUUCCCACUUGAAAUGACUUUAUUUUCCAUGGCUAUAUAUGCCUUUUUCAGUACAUAAGCCAUCCCUGCCAAAUCCAACACAGAAUAAGGAAGGAUACUUGAACUGCAUUGGCAUUAGAUGGCACAAAAGGUAGCUGCAAACUGUACAUAAAAGUACUUGAAUUUAUACUCUUGUAAAUGGGUGUUAUAAGCCCUGAGGUAUUUUCUGGAACUGGCUGAAGUAUCAUUUUUGUUAAAUCUCAUUUUGGCUUGAGUUAAUCAUUGUGUUACUCAAAUAUUAAUUUUGUUUUCUGUUAUAUGUAGCCCUAGAGGUGUUGGGUGGUUAAGUGUACAUCUUCUUUUGAUAAAAUUUAUUUUUAUAUUGCAUUUUAUAAAACAAAGUUGUCAAAAAUGUGUAAGUUUAUGAUGCAUGACUGGGUGAUUAAACACAUUGUAACAGCUGCUCAUUGAUAUUUUCAA